UGUCACAUAAACUUUUUAUAACCCUGUACCCAACGAGGUUAUAGUGUAUAGAGUGAUAAUGUACGCUAACCAACGUUUACAUUUUUAAGAAUAUAUGCAUCAAUAUGACAAUAAGCACUGCGCAUGACAUGUAGCUUUCCUAACUAAUAUUUUUCAGAAAAAUAGUUUCACAUUAUAAAAUAUACCGAAGCGCUCGUAGUUUUCAAGGAAAUGAAUUACCCCCCUGUAAAUAUGAGGGAAAGAGAAGAGACCCGCCGGGUUCAAGAUACAAACAACCAGUUGCUAGGCGCAGAUGUUGAUAAAAGACGACAAUCAGAGACUCUAAAACCGGUUCCCACGAAGAGGUUUUCUAUGGGAGUUGAGCUAUCUAAACUUAAGGGUCUUGCUCAACUACGGAGUGAUUUUUUGGGGCUCAAUUUGCAACCUGCAGAUAGUUCUAGUAUUGAGGAUUCGAAUGAAGAGAAAGAAGAGGAAAAAGUUGAUCUUCCAGAACUUAACUUGGAAACAUUGAAAUCUAUUCAGUUCGCUCUUAACAACUCAAUACUUACACAGGUUGAAAGUUUGAACGAGGAAACCCUGAGCAGUUACCUUGAGUACCUGGAGUACAACUAUCCUCUUAAUCCGGAGGAUUGGACCAGGUUGGAGACAGGGAGCAGAGAACUGAUCAAGGAUGCUCCAAAGCUUCAGGUUUCCUCUCUCCAGGUCCACUGUGAGAACGAUAAGUUCUUGAAGAAGUAUUUGAAAGCUCGAGUUUAUUUCUUCAAUUCUCCUUCAUAUUUUCUAGAAACAAAUUAUCAGGAAAAUGACGGGAACAUUGUAUUUUCAUCUCUGGGUUCCCUUUUAACCCCUGGAAUACCAAAUCCUUUACUCAGGAUAGAGGUUUAUAAGUUGAGCAGGAAGACCAAUAAAGAUAAGCUAGUGAGUUCUACACAACUUAGGCUCAGUGAGAUCCCGAAUAAUACUCAAAUAAUGCGGGUUCUAGAUCUGAAUACAACAAAUACAUCAGGAUUAACUAUCAGCUUCGGAAACCAGAAAUCAAACCAUUUAUAUCUUACAGGUAUAGAUAAUUUAAGAGAAUAA